AUGUCUGACCCGAGCGCGAGGCGCAGGCUGAGCUCAGGGUGCCCGUCGCCGCCGCGCCCGGGCGCUCCCGCCGGCUCGCUGUCCCGCGCACCCGGUCGCGCCGCGGGCUCCCGGGCGGGGCCGAGGAGCGGGUCCGGUGCGCCCCCUACUUCCCCCUCGUGGAGCUUUGAUGAGAUACUUCUACUGCAGCUGCCUCCGCUCCUGUGGGGCCGGGGGAGCGGCACCGUGACGGGGACCUGGGCUAGGCGCAGGGACCAGGAGCGGGACAACGAUGUGACUCCGCUGCCGGGGACCCGUGAGCUUUGUGUGGACCCCGAGUUCCACCAGGUGAGAAGAGUGAUGACCAUCCUUUUCCUUACUAUGGUUAUUUCAUACUUUGGUUGCAUGAAGGCUGCCCCCAUGAAAGAAGCAAACGUCCGAGGACAAGGCAGCUUGGCCUACCCAGGUGUGCGGACCCACGGGACUCUGGAGAGCAUGAAUGGGCCCAAGGCAGGUUCAAAGGGCCUGACUUCAUUGGCUGACACUUUUGAACACGUGAUAGAAGAGCUGUUGGAUGAGGACCAGAAAGUACGGCCCAACGAAGAAAACAGUAAGGACGCGGACUUGUACACUUCCAGGGUGAUGCUCAGUAGUCAAGUGCCUUUGGAGCCUCCUCUUCUCUUUCUGCUUGAGGAAUACAAAAAUUACCUGGAUGCUGCAAACAUGUCUAUGAGGGUCCGUCGCCACUCUGACCCCGCCCGCCGGGGGGAGCUGAGCGUGUGUGACAGUAUUAGCGAGUGGGUAACAGCGGCAGAUAAAAAAACUGCAGUGGACAUGUCGGGCGGGACGGUCACGGUCCUUGAAAAGGUCCCGGUAUCGAAAGGCCAACUGAAGCAAUACUUCUACGAGACCAAGUGCAAUCCGAUGGGUUACACAAAAGAGGGCUGCAGGGGCAUAGACAAAAGGCAUUGGAAUUCCCAGUGCCGAACUACCCAGUCGUAUGUGCGGGCACUUACUAUGGAUAGCAAAAAGAGAAUUGGUUGGCGAUUCAUAAGGAUAGACACUUCCUGUGUAUGUACAUUGACCAUUAAAAGGGGAAGAUAGUGGAUUUAUGUUGUAUAGAUUAUAUUGAGACAAAAAUUAUCUAUUUGUAUAUAUACAUAACAGGGUAAAUUAUUCAGUUAAGAAAAAAUAAUUUUAUGAACUGCAUGUAUAAAUGAAGUUUAUACAGUACAGUGGUUCUACAAUCUAUUUAUUGGACGUAUCCAUGACCAGAAGGAAAACAGUCAUUUGCGCACAACUUUAAAAAGUCUGCAUUACAUUCCUCAAUAAUGUUGUGGUUUGUUGCCGUUGCCAAGAAUUGAAAACGUAAAAAGUUAAAAAAAAAUUAAUAAAUUGCAUGCUGCUUUAAUUGUGAAUUGAUAAUAAACCCUCCUCUUUCAGAAAACAGACAAAAAAAAAAGACACAAAAAUUUGAACCAAAACAUUCCGUUUACAUUUUAGAUAGUUAGGUAUCUUCGUUCUUGUUAGUACUAUAUCUGUUUUACUGCUUUUAACUUCUGAUAGCAUUGGAAUUAAAACAAUGUCAAGGUGCUGUUGUCAUGGCUUUACUGGCUUAGGGGUGGGAGGAUGGGAAGGGUAUAUUUUUGUUUGUUUUGUGUGUUUUUUUUGUUUGUUUGUUUUUGUUUUUUAGUUCUCACCAGGAAUAGGGAUGGAGGAGGAAUUCCUUCAGUAUAUGUUCUGGUUGACAAAAGAUUCAUUUGUAUGUUGUAAAGAUGUUUGCGAUACCAAUUAGAUGACUGGAAAGUGAAUAAAAAAUUAAGGCAACUGAAUGAAACGCUCAUAUUCCACUUCCCAUGAUGCAUCUUCCGGCCUCCAGCUUACACUUUGGGCAUUCAUCAGGGGAAGCGUCUUUUGUUGGAAAGACCUACGUUUGCUUUAGAGCACUUUCUUUCCCUGUCCCCUUUAGUCCCCUUUGUUUUGUUUUCUGUUAAGGAAGAAAUAUUUUACCAGUGCUGUGAACAACUGUACAAUUUUUUGUCACAUUGUGGCACUCAUGUAAGCAUGGAAAACAGUGAUUUUUUUUUCCUUAGAAGCGAAAAAGAACAGCAAAAAACAACCCCAAAAUGUUCUUUUUAAUGAGGGGACAAUAUUUGGGUAAAUUAUGGUAAGGCUUUAAAAAACAAUUAUGGUAAGGCUUAAAAAUGUCUUGCAAGCAAAAGUUGGAGUUCUGUAUGGACCCCGAACACUAGAUCAGAGCAGGAAUCCACAUUGCCAGUGAAAUGAGACUGAACAGCGACAUGGAGGCCAUGUGGAACUGACAUCAUUGCCAGGCUGUGCAAGAGGAAUUUCCGAAUGGCCAUCCUGGGGUCUCUGUGGGGGUGGGGAAUGGUACUUGAGACAUUCCAAAAGGGAGGCCUCUGGAGGACUCUCCAGAGGUAGCUCUGGAAUGACGUGUCGAGUUGCUUGGGCCUCGUGCUUUAAGUGCCUACAUUAUCUAACUGUGCUCAGGAGAUUCUUACUGGAGGACCACACUCAAGCAGAUGUACACCCUCCAUCCCACCCCCAGAUAAUUUAGUUUAGUUUGGAUAAAGCUGGAUUAGCCUGGAGCAGGUUAGGAGCCAAAUGUGAUGGCAUUGUCAUCAGAUUGAUGCAAUGAGAUGGAAGGUGUUUGCUACAUGAACACUUAACUGCUUAUGAAAUUUUAGACUUGAGGAAACCAGGGUUUUAUCUUUUAAGAACUUUUGGUAAGGGUGAAGGAGACAGGAAACUCAGGCUGAAUGAUGAAGGCUAUCAAGAGAAAAUCUUGUCCAGACAUCCAGGACAUCAAGGCUUGAAGGUGCCUGCCUCAGUGGAGGACACCAGGAUGGAGUUGAUAAAGUUUUGCUCCCAGUGAAAGCCACAGCCACCUCCUGCCCAUACUGCCUAUUCAUGGAGAGGGUCCCUGCCUCGCCUGCCAUCUUAGCUCAGGGAAGUCAGGUUGGGAGCCUGGAAUAGAAUGUCAAAGGUCCUGGGGGAAAAGGACCCCAAUGGAAAUCAGCGCUAAGUCCAUUCGCUCUUGACCCAACCUGAAAAGGUUAGUGGUCACCAUCUGGGCCAGUGUCCUUGAGUAUAAGAAAACCCCGAGCAAUUGCAGCAUCUUAACAGGUUAAGGAUAAGCAAAAGAGGAUAUCCACCAUGACCCAGGAAAUGAAGAUACCAUCAGCAAGUAAUUUCUAUUUGUUCAGUCUUUUCAUUUAGAACUAGCCUGUCUUUUACAUAGAGUACCAUCUGAAUACGUGUCUUAAAAGAAGGAAGCAGAUGAUCUUCAAUACUUCCUAUAGUAUAGGUUUGUUUGUUGCUGUUUGAAAAUGUUAUCUUUGUAAUUAUUUUUAACAUGUAAUAAAUGCUUGGAAUAUCUCCUGUAUGGUAACUUUUCACAGCUUCCUUUUGGGGGCCAAAGUUUAAAAAGGAAAAAAAGAAAAAAAAAAGGCCCCCUCAAUUUCUCAACGUAUACUAAGGGCCAGAUCUGUUGAAUGACUGGGUAGGAGACACUCAGCAAUUGUGUGGUAGUGGCACUCUUCUCUUACCCAGUAAGUUACAUCACAGUCACAUGCUUGUUGGUUUACAUUGACCUGAGAUUUAUUUUGUUAAAAUUUCUCUCUGUUGCUGUUCGUUUUUGUUCUGUUUUGUUUUGUUUUUUAAAGUCUUGCUGUGGUCUCUUUGUGGCAGAGUGUUUCAUGCAUGGCAGCAGGCCUGUUGCUUUUUUUAUGGUGAUUCCCAUUGAAAAUGUAAGUAAAUGUCUGUGGCCUUGUUCUCUCUAUGGUAAAGAUAUUAUUCACCAUGUAAAACAAACAAAAAAAUAUUUAUUGUAUUUUAGUAUAUUUAUAUAAUUAUGUUAUUGAAAAAAUUGGCAUUAAAACUUAA